ACAGCGGCGGCGGUGGCCAUGCUGCACGAGGCCAAGCGCAGGAGCACCGAGGACACGGCCAUUGAGCUGCUGAGACAGAAAGCGCGCGAGGCCGGGGAAAAAGCCAAGGUCUGCGGGCAGAUGUUGGUGCAGCGAGAGGAGCGCAGAGCCAAGGAGGUCGAGGAGCUUAGGGCCAAGCACACCGAGGAAAGGCGUCAGGAGGCGACUGAGAGGAGGUGCUACGAGGCCAAGAAGGAGAGCCUGGAAGAGGCUGUGAUCAGCCACCAGGCCACCUUGCAACUCCACAACAAGCCCGAUGACGACGACCCAAGCAAGUUGUCCGUGGUGCUGCUGGGCUUGUCCGGCAGUGGUAAGACGUCGGCCCUCAACAUCAUCUCGGCGCAAGCGGGUAACCGCUACCCUGAUUCCGGGUCAGACCGCGAGACCACCCAGCCCACCCUGUCGUGUGCCCGGCGGGAAAUCCGUGGGCCGGGCAGGAGGCUGGUUCUGGUGGACACUCCUGAGCUGUGGGACGAAGACGGCGUGGAGAAUCUGGAGAUGGUGAAGGACUGCGUGGCUCUGGCGCUCCCAGGGCCCCACGUCUACCUGCUGGUUCUCCAGGUGGGCCGCUUCACCCAGUGUGAAAGCCUGAUGCUGGCACACCUGCACAAGGUCUUUGGCAGGGACGCCUCGGAACAUGCAAUGGUGCUGUUCGUCCACAUGGAUCAGCAGCAGCCCAAGCGCUCUCAGAGGGUCCACCACUACGUGGCAGGGGCCCACGCGGCGCUCCGCGAGCUGCUCCGACGCUGCGGCAGCCGCUACUACGAGCUCAGCCUCGCCGCUCCCCACGACGCUCUGAGUUACCCCCAGGUGAGGGAGCUGAUGGUGGGCAUAGACAAGCUGGCGGCGGCCCACGGAGGACGGGGACACGUCAUCAAGAGGUUCUCGACACAGGAGCUCCAGGACAGGAAGAAAGUUAUGGCAGGCACCGAGUGAGCAGCCUGGGAGGACAACUUCCUGCUCAUAGAGGAUUAGGUUGUAGCCAUUUUGUGGAUUUGAUUCAAUAUGUGUCAGAUAUGACCAUUAACAAACAAGACUGGCCUUUUGUGUCAUUGACAUUUAAUGGCUGCAUUUUCUCGUCUGCUCGUGCUGCAACAACGAGACAACGUGAAAGCGUUAAGUGCUGCUAAUUAUGUGAGCGUUACUAUUGCAUGGUCAGGCGUCUGGCCCAAGGCCCAUGACGCCAUCGAUCCACUCACUGUAGUGCGAGAUGAUCGUGUAGAUGCCCGGUUUCUUGAUCUGGCCACACUUUUUGCCACCGUUGGACGUGAUGCCGACCACCACGCCGUUGUAGAGCAGAGGACCGCCGGAGUCGCCCUAAAAACACGUGGCAAAAACUAAAUUCAAAAGUGAAGAGGUUAGAACUUUUGGGGGGGGGGGGGAGGGGUUCAUGUUGAGCUCUUUGUUUUCAUACAAUGACUUGCCAAGCAACCGUCAUAAACCGUGAAAAUGAGGAAUUCCGAACACGAGAGCCGUUUUUGAUCUUAUCAAUCCAGUUUGUCCGUCCACUCACGUCACAGGAGUCCUCCAUUUUGUGCGGCUGGUUGCAAGGCUCCGGGCACAGCUUGUGAGCGCAUAUCAUGUUGGUAGUGAACUUCCUGCCAAAGUAGUCGCUCCGUCGGCAGCGGGUGGAGCUCACCACCUGGAUGAGCGCCUCCUGCAGCAUGUCGGGUCUGGAGCCCAGGUUGUCCAGGGAGCCCCAACCGGCCGUCUCCACCUCGGCAUCCGUGCCGGGGUUGACGCCGCCGGCUCGCAGGAAGGCCACCGACUUGACCGACUCAGAGGCGUUGAACGGGCGGUCCAGCUACGAUCGAAAUAACUCGGUUGGACCAUCAUGAGAGGGGAUUUUCCAGGAGGCAGGCUUACUUUGAUGAGAGCGAUGUCGUUGUCGUAGUUGUCCGGGUUGUACUGAGGGUGACUGUGGAGCUCCAGGAUCUCAAACGUCUGUUUGGUGUCCUCAGCUUGACUCAGCGAGUGAACGCCCAGGACAACC